AUGGGGCUGGAGGUGGGUGAACACCUCAUUCCCUCACAUGAACCAGACAGGAACCUGUAUCUGUCCCUGGUGAUUGCACUUAGUAAGAGAAGCAAAGAGGCUGAGACGACUUUCCUGAGUGUUUACAAGCAAUUAAUCGAAGCUCCAGACCCUGCUCCUGUGCUGGAGGCUGCCCGGAGCCUGGAGGACCGGCUGCAGCAGCUCCAGCGCCUUGAGCCUGAACCCACCCCCCUGAAGGACCUCGGUGGCCCCUGGAAGAAGCACUCAGAGAUUGUCAUCAUCAAAGGGCGCAGAGAGGGGACAUCACCCGCGGCCGGGCUCGUGGCAGCGGCCAAGGCCCCGCUCCCCAGCGUCGAGGGCAAAGCACCGAGCACUGACACCUCGCUGCAGAGAAAUGAGGCAGAAAAGCAAAAGGGGCUGCAGGAAGCACAGGUCACUUUGGCCACGCGGCUGGGAGAGGCAGAGGAGAAGAUCAAAGUGCUCCAUGCAGCACUGAAGGCCACCCAGACAGAGUUGCUGGAGCUGCGGUGUAAAUACGAUGAAGAAGCUGCUUCCAAGGCAGAUGAAGUAGCCAUGAUCAUGACAAACCUCGAAAAAGCCAACCAGCGAGCGGAGGCGGCGCAGAGGGAAGUGGAGAGUUUGCGGGAGCAGCUGGCGGCCGUGAACAGCUCCCUCCGCCUGGCCUGCUGCUCCCCGCCGGGCGCUGCCGGGGACAAAGUGAACUAUUCCAUGUGCUCAGGGUCGAGGCUGGAGGCAGCUCUGGCUGCCAAGGACCAGGAGAUCCUGCGGCUGCUGAAAGAUGUGCAGCACCUUCAGAGCUCGCUGCAGGAGCUGGAGGAGUCCUCUGCCAACCAGAUCGCUGAGCUGGAGGGGCAGCUGGCUGCCAAGAACGAAGCCAUCGAGAAGCUGGAGGAGAAGCUGCAGGCACAGGCAGACUAUGAGGAAAUUAAAACAGAGCUGAGCAUCCUGAAGGCGAUGAAGGUGGCUGCUGCUGGCUGCAGCCUUCCCCAGAGCAUAUCGAAGGCAGAGGAGGCCCUGCUGCUGGGGAAGGAGGCUUUCUAUCCCUCGCAGAAGUACCUGCUGGAGAAACCCAACAUGCUGUCCAGCACUGAGGAAGAUCACUCCGAAGACGAGGCAGGGAAGGAUUCUCUGGGCCUGGAGCAGCCAUACCCGUCCCCUCAGCACGCCCCGUCGGACGAACCCUCCUCCCCUGCUCCCCUCCCUCCUCCGCCCGGCCUGGCCCCUGACUGCCCCCGAACUUUCUCUCUGUCCCCCUUCCCAGGGGGCGAACGGCUUUUGGGGGACCCCAAGACCCCUAACCUCCAGCCACCUGCCUGCAAGAGCGAGAAUGUUGGGGGGGUCCCACCUUUCCCCUCCACUUUCUUGGGGGCUAAAAGCAGCACUGGGCCCCCCAGCACUGGGCCCCCCAGCACUGUGCCGGCCCCCAGCCCGCCCAGCGAGCCGUCCGAGGGCAGCACGGGCAGCUCUGCAGAGGAGGAGCAGCUGGACACAGCCGAGAUCGCCUUCCAGGUGAAGGAGCAGCUGCUGAAGCACAACAUCGGGCAGCGGGUCUUCGGGCACUACGUGCUGGGGCUGUCACAGGGCUCUGUCAGUGAGAUCCUGGCCCGGCCCAAGCCCUGGCGCAAGCUGACGGUGAAGGGCAAGGAGCCGUUCAUCAAGAUGAAGCAGUUCCUCUCCGAUGAGCAGAACGUGCUGGCCCUGAGGACUAUCCAGGUGCGCCAGAGAGGUAGCAUCACACCACGGAUCAGGACGCCAGAGACCGGCUCUGAUGACGCCAUCAAAAGCAUCUUGGAGCAGGCAAAGAAGGAGAUUGAGUCGCAGAAGGGAGGUGGGGGGGGGGCCCUGCCGCCGGCAGAGGACGAGGCCCACCGGCUGGCGGAGAUGAAGGCGGAAGGAGCGGGCGCGGAGCCGGCGUCAGGUGGUCGUCUGUCCUACUACCCCGCCUACGUGCCGCGGACCCUGAAGCCCACCGUGCCACCACUGACACCGGAGCAGUACGAGAUGUACAUGUACAGGGAGGUGGACACGUUGGAGCUAACCCGGCAGGUCAAGGAGAAGUUGGCCAAGAAUGGCAUCUGCCAAAGGAUCUUUGGAGAGAAGGUGCUGGGACUGUCCCAGGGCAGCGUGAGUGACAUGUUGUCACGGCCCAAGCCAUGGAGCAAGCUGACGCAGAAGGGUCGGGAGCCCUUCAUCCGCAUGCAGCUCUGGUUGACUGACCAGCUGGGCCAAGGCAUCAGCCAGCAGCCGACCCCUUCCCAGGCCAGCCCGGUGGAGCCCCAGCCAUCCCCCUCGCCACCCCCCAGCCCUGCUGAGCAGGAGAAGAGCUGCCAGGAGCCUCUCACCCUGGCCUUGGAGAGCAGCAAGGAAAACCAGCAGCCUGAGAGCCGGUCCACGCCUGCGCUGAGUGGGAAGGCGUACCCCAACAGCCAGGGACCUGUGGGCAUCCAGGAGAUUGUGGCCAUGUCCCCUGAGCUGGACACCUACUCCAUCACCAAGAAGGUCAAGGAGGUCUUGACGGACAACAAUUUAGGCCAGCGGCUGUUUGGGGAGAGCAUCCUGGGCCUGACGCAGGGCUCGGUGUCCGAUCUCCUCUCCAGGCCCAAGCCGUGGCACAAACUGAGCCUGAAGGGGAGGGAGCCCUUCGUCCGCAUGCAGCUCUGGCUCAACGACCCCCAAAACGUGGAGAAGCUGCGUGACAUGAAGAAGCUGGAGAAGAAAGCCUACCUGAAACGGCGGUACGGGCUGAUGAGCGCCGGCUCGGACAGCGAGUCCCCCAGCACCCGUUCCGACUGUGCCAGCCCUGGCCUGCAGCCACAGGACCUCAGCCUCCUCCAGAUCAAGAAGCCACGGGUGGUGCUGGCCCCGGAGGAGAAGGAAGCCCUGAAGAAAGCCUACCAGCUGGAGCCCUACCCCUCCCAGCAGACCAUCGAGCUGCUCUCCUUCCAGCUCAACCUCAAGACCAACACCGUCAUCAAUUGGUUCCACAACUACAGGUCACGGAUGCGCCGGGAGAUGCUGGUGGAGGGUGCUCAGGACAAUGACACAGAUCCAGAGCAGAGCAGUGGGAUGGCCAUCCCAGGGGGCCGGGCCCCCCACAGCCCCGAUUCAGAUGCUGAGGACCGUAAACCUAUGUCUGGGGGGGCUGAGCACCCCUGUGCUGCUGCAUCAGUGAAGGUGAAGGAGGAGCAGGGGGAGGCAGGUGGCUGGGGCCGCCGGCGGGACUCGCACAGCCUGGCCGGGGCAGCCGAGGGGACUGGACCUCCCCAGGAGGAGCAGGGGGCAGCCACCCGUGCCACUGCCCCCCGCACCAUUUGCCACUGGAUGAGAUUAAAAACAAACAAGAAGAAACCCCACAGCAAAGACUUCCUGAGCAAAGCCAUUGAGAAGCACUAUGAGACUGACCAAAUCGAAUGA